AUGCAAACACAGCACAUGCAACAACAACAACUCCAUCACUUCGUCCUUGUCCACGGAUCAUGUCAUGGAGCGUGGUGCUGGUUCAAACUAGCGGCAAAGCUCAAGUCCGAUGGUCAACGUGUCACAGCUGUGGAACUCGGUGGGUCCGGGAUCGACACGAGGCAGCACGACCAGGUUCGUUCUGUCUCGGAGUAUCUAGAGCCACUGAUGAGUUUCUUGGAGUCUGUUCCUGAAGACGAGAAAGUGGUUCUUGUUGGUCAUAGCUAUGGUGGCAUUGGAGUCUCCGUCGCCAUGGAGAAAUUUCCGACCAAAAUCUCCGUCGGAGUCUUCCUCUCUGCUUAUAUGCCGCGCCAUGACUCUCCUCCAGCAGCUCUGAUUCAAGAGUAUUUCAAGAGACUACCUGAGGGAUUCGCCAUGGAUUGUGAGUUCACAUUCGAAGAAGGACCAGAACAACCGCCAACUUCAGUUAUGUUCGGUACUAGUUUCUUGAAGAAGGCAUACAGUAAUUCCCAACUAGAGGAUCUGGAACUAGCCAUGGCGUUGGUGAAACCGAGCUGGUUAUACCCAAAGGAAAUGGAAAGUGAAGAUUUGCUGACGAAGGAGAGAUAUGGAUCGGGGAAGAGAGUGUUUAUCGUCUGUGAAUGUGACAAUGUGGUUCCAGACGAGAUUCAGAAGUGGAUGAUUAGCAACUACGAACCUAACGAAGUGAAGGUCAUUGAAGAAGCUGGUCACAUGGCUAUGUUCACUAAACCUCAACAACUUUCUCAACUGUUACAAGAAAUAGCAGCGACAUAUGACGGAAUUUUUUUUUUUGGGUAA